AUGGGUCAUAUCGAACGCAUGUGUCUCACGAAGAAGAGACAGACUGCUCGAACAGUUUCUUCCCGCUGCUCUGUGAAAACAAUUACGAGUGUCUUGGCUGUUGGACACGAACAGAAGGCUUUAACGUGUAUCAUCGACGGAAUACCGAUUCAAGUACAAGUGGACACUGGCUUCUAUUACACUAUCUUGGGUGAAGAUGUUUGGCUCAAGCUGGGAAAGCCUAAAUUGGAUCCAGCUCCUCAGAUACUCAAGGUCCUCACCGACCACAGGAUACCAUUAAAAGGCCAACGUUUGGUCAACGUAACUGUUGCCGGCGAAACACAAGGACUUCGGGCACUUUUCACCGGAUACGAGGACGUUUGUUUACUUGGCAGAGAAUGGAUCCGAAGACUAAGGCCUGACCUCAAUGCUAUGUUUGUUGGACAAAUUCAAACGCCCCCUCGAGAUUUGUCACACAUUCUUCACGACUACGAAGACCUCUUUGAGGAAGGGUUAGGCCGUUGCUCGAAGGUCAAAGUGCAGCUGCAGUUCCAGGCUGAAGCAAAGCCCAAAUUUUUCUUGACACCAAUUGAGGUUUCUCAUUGGGCUACACCGAUUGUGGUAGUACCAAAACCCAAGGGUGCAGUUCGUGUCUGCGGCGACUUCAGCGUCACUGUGAACCCUCAGCUUGACGUCGCGCAGUACCCCCUGCCUCGCCCUGAAGAAUUAUUUGCAAAGCUGAACGGAGGAAAGCACUUCUCGAAACUGGACCUGAUGCCUUUUGGGAUUUACUCAGCUCCUGCAAUCUUCAAGAGGACAAUGGAACAGGUUACCGCUGGUUUGGAUGGAGUAGCGUGUUAUCUUGAUGAUAUCAUUGUCACCGGAAACGCGGAUGCUGAACAUCUCGCUCAUCUAGAGGCGGUACUGCAAAGACUUCGAGAAUAUGGAUUCCGACUCAAGCAACAAAAGUGCGAAUUUUUUAAACCCGAAGUGGAAUACCUCGGUCAAAUGGUUUCGGCAAAGGGUUUCAAGCCAUCAUCCAAGAAAGUGUCAGCUCUCCUGGGAAUGCCAGACCCGCAGAACGUCGGAGAGCUUCGAGCCUUCCUUGGUCUCGUCCAGUAUUACGGCAGAUACGUCAAAGCACUCGCCGAUCUGUGUGCACCUCUGAACAGACUGCUACGGAAAGAUACUAUUUACCUCACUGCUGAUGCAUCAGCGAUUGGCGCCGGAGCGGUGAUCUAUCACAAGAUCAACGGCGAAGAUAAACCCAUUGCCCACGCUUCAAAGACUUUGACUCCUGACCAACAGAAGUACGCUGAGAAGGAGGCGUUGGCUAUAAUAUCUGGUGUCAAGAAGUUCCACCAAUAUCUCCGGGGGAGAAAGUUUGUAUUAUUCACCGACCAUAAGCCGUUAACAGCCAUUUUCGGAUCAAAGAAGGGAAUACCAGUCACAGCAGCAAACAGAAUGCAGCGUUGGGCUCUGACUCUUCUUGGUCACUCCUUCGAUAUUCUGUACAAGCCAACAGCUCAAUCUGGGAAUGCAGACUGUCUUUCCAGACUCCCAGUUGGACCAGAUCACGACUUCGAUGCGGCCAUAUCGGACGACACCUUCGUCGGGGAAAUUGGGUCUUCGGAGAUCUCUGCCGUCCUCUCUAUCGCUAUAGAGAAAGUUCCUCUGAAGGAGUCAGAAAUCGCCCAGGCCACUGCAACUGACCGUGUGCUUUCCCGAGUGUACAGAUACGUCAUGGAAGGCUGGCCUUCUCACGAAAGAGAUCCAGAGUUACAAGCAUUUCCCGCAAGAAAAUCGGAAAUAACAACGGAAAAGGGAUGCGUCGUAUGGGGUAUGCGUGUUGUCAUACCUUCCCAGCAGCGGGACGUUGUCUUGAGCCUCCUACAUGAUGGGCAUAUCGGCCAGACCAAAAUGAAGAUGUUGGCGCGACCAUAUGUAUGGUGGCCGGGAAUGGACAAGGAUAUUGAACUGGCUUGUCGCUCAUGUGGAGCGUGUGCCGCUUCAGCAGAUCACCAGGUGCCAGUCCCUCUGCAUCAGUGGGAAGUUCCAACGCAGCCGUGGUACCGGAUACACGCCGAUUUCGCGGACUUCGAAAGCUAUCUCGUGGUAGUCUACGCUUACAGCAAGUGGCCCGAGGUGAAGCUUAUAACGUCGACCAAAUCUGCUGCUACUAUGGAAGCACUGAGUGACAUCUUCGCUGCCCACGGACUUCCGGUUCAACUCGUCACCGACAGCGGUCCGCAGUUUACCUCAUCCGUUUUCACAGGAUUCUUGAAUCGCCUUGGCAUCAAGCAUAUCCUAACGCCGCCUUAUCACCCCAAAUCUAACGGGCAGGCAGAGAAUCUCGUCCGCUCGUUUAAGCAGUUUCUUCGUCGGCAGAAGGGAGGGAGGAACCAGGCAACGGGAGUUAACCAUUUCUUGCUGAAGUACAGGGUAACACCGCACGCCACAACGGAACAGCCGCCAUGCGAGCUGCUCAACAAAAGACACUUCCGCACAGAACUCGACCUCCUUCGCCCAAACCAUCCGAAUACUACAGCAAGGGAUCGGCAAAAGCGUAAUUACGAUUCUCACACCCGGAACAGACGCUUUGCUGAUCGUGACGAGGUUUGGGUUAAGGACAAGACACGAAGGAAUCACUGGCUUCGGGGUACUGUCAACCGCUCGUUAGGGGGCCCAACCUAUCUUGUUACCACCGAGGAUAAUAAGGAGCACAGGGUGCAUGCGGAUGAUCUCAAGAUUCGCCUGCCGGAUCUACUAGACUUCGGUAUCUCGCCCGACGGUGAGCUUCCUGGCCAUUCCGCCGUUGGUGGUGAUGCUGAUUCCGAAGACGACCCUCAGACCCGAAGGUACCCUGUCAGGGAUCGUCGUCCACCCCAGCGGUUCGGCUCAACUUAG